UAUUAAUAAUCUUCAAGAGGUUUUUAAUUUCUAACACUAUUUUCAAUUUUAUUAUUAGGUUAUGUGUAAUUAAAUAAUCACACACUAAAAAUAAUCAAAGGAUAUUAAUAAUUGUAGGAAUAACAUGGCGUCUUUAAACAAAGCGUUAUUGCAGACGCCUGCAACUUUUUUAAUUGCGAGACGUUUUCGAGGUAAAAUUAAUAUACAAAGACCUCGUAAACCUCACUUUGAGAAGCAGCUUCUUCUGGAUAUAACUAAACCUAUUUAUGGAACUCCUCGAAGCCAAUUACCUGAAUAUGUUUUUUGUGAUUUUGAUAAAUCUAAGAACGUAAAAAAGGAAAUUGAUAAUCCAUUUGAAAGGAUAUUAGCCCGUGAGUGCCUCGAUUGGUUUAAUACAUCAAAAAUGGUUGUGUUCCUGCACAUGAAUUCAAUAUCCAUGGAGGAUAAGACACCAAUUUUCGCGGCAUUAAAAAAGAACAACCUACAUUUGAGGACCUAUGGUAAAAAAAUUGUAAGCAUGGCAACCACAGGCACAAGAUAUGAAGUUGUUAAUCAAUUGUUUACAUCACAUCAGAACAUUAUUUUUGGGCAACCCAAUAAAGCUGACACAAUGUUUAAAAUUCUGAAAAAGGCACCUCAACUGGUUGUUAUGGCCGGCAUUGUAGAAGAUAGAUUUAUGUCAAAAAAUGAGUUAGUGGAGUUCAGUAAACUUCCCAACCUGGAUGUUGCAAGAAGUCAAUUAUGUAAUGUGCUGCAGAGCGCUGGGUCUUGUCUCGUGAACCAAUUGAAUCAAAACCAACAAAUAUUAGUUUCACAUCUUGAUAAACAUAUAGAAUUGCAAAAAGCACCUCAGAACGAAGAAAUAUGUGAUUCAAAGGAAAGUUCUUAAAAUAAGGUUAUAAUAGUAAUUGUAAACAUAGAUUAAUUAAAUGUAAUAGAAGAUGUGGUA